GAUUGGCUGAAUGAUGUAAUGGGAAGUUCAUUGAAGGAAACGAGUGGCUUUUCCCGGCAGAUUUGACGAGAAGCUCACGCGGCCUGAUAACCCACUUCUGCAAGUUUGCUACUUUUAAAAACAGCACUUGGUUAAGUGUGUACCUCCAGAGUAAAAAACAUCAUGUCUGAGGAACCUGGACCCAGUGGUCAGUCCCAAUCCCACAGUCAAUCCCAGACCCAGUCCCAAACACAAUCCCAGCCUGGAUCCAGCUCCUCGUCCGCCCCAACAUCAUCAAGCCAGGGCUCUUCCUCAGGCUCAGGGACUCUAAGUUCUGUAGAUACAGUACCGGUCCAGGAACUGCAGUCUAUUCCUGAAGACGAGGAGGAAGUCCAGCCUCAGGUGUGGGGCCGCGUCAUCCCUUUGGUGCAUGGAUUGAGUGUGCUCAUUUUUAUGUUCAUCGAUAAGAUGGGGGACGAUCAACCAAACCUUCCUUUAGAGUUCAGCAAAAAAUAUCACAUAGCACGAAAGAUUGCAACAGGCGUCUGUGGUGAAGUUAAGCUUGCCAUUGAAAAGGAAACCUGUAAAAAAGUUGCUCUGAAAACUAUAAACAAACACGACUUCCCAUCAAUAGGGGAGACAAGGUAUAGCAGAGGUGAAAUGCAAAGAAAAAUUUUCAAACAUGUUCUGUUAUAUUCUCUCCAGUAUCUCCACAAUAAUGGGAUUAUUCAUCGAGAUCUCAAGCCUGAGAAUGUGCUGCUGGCUUCACAUGACGACAUCUGUUUGAUUAAGAUUACGGAUUUUAAUCAGUCCAAGAUUUUGGAGGAAUCCUCCCUGAUGAAGACGCUCUGCGGGACGCCCACAUAUCUCGCCCCGGAGGUGUUCACACACGCUGCGACUGUAGGAUAUACAAAAGCAGUCGAUUACUGGAGCCUGGGGGUCCUACUGUUCAUCUGUUUGGGUGGUUAUCCUCCAUUUAACUCCGAGUGCUCCACCAUGUCGGUGCGUGAACAGAUCAUUAACGGCCACUACCGCUUCAUCCCAUCUCAGUGGAAGAAGGUCUCAAAUGAAGCUAAAGAUUUGAUCAAGAAGCUCCUGGUUGUGGAUCCUGAAAAGCGUCUGAGCGUGGAAGAGGCGCUGACACAUCCGUGGUUGAACGAUGAUGAGAUGAGGAACACUGCAGACCAACUGAUGCAGUGUGAAAUAUCCAAGAAACGUAAGGCAGAAGAGGCAGAGGGUGAGCCGCCAUCCAAAAGGAAGCCUGGGCCUUGACUUGCACACACUUAGUUGUUUCCUGGCGCCCUUUUAAAAGCUCUUUCCUGCGACCAAUUCAUCCUGAACGUCUAACACUGUACUGACUUUGUAAAUAUGUAUUUCUACCAUUUCCUGUGUCCAAAAUAAAAUCUUUUAAAAUUU